AAACGCAAAUGAUUAAAUAGAAUAAAAUUGAUUAAAAAUUUAUCAUAACGCGCCACCGCGUGGUCACGAGCGCGUUGUUCUCUAGCAUAAUGCUUUGGUAGAUUUCGGAUCAUUAAGCCAAUGCAAGACCGAAAAGAUUGGCGAAUUUCUGAGCCAAACAUAUUUGAACUUUCGUACUUGCUUUGGUGCUAUUUUGAGUUCGUAUUCAUUUCAUUUUUAAGUCAUAAAAACUUAUUUCUAUAACGAUGUAACAUACGUACGAUGCUUUUCAAGUUAUGAGAUACUCACGAUGCUCAGAAGGGGAGUCAAUUGUAUGUUUCAUUUUUCUCAAAAAUCCAUUUUUCCUACUGACAGGUUGACGUAGAAACCAAUUUAUCUUACCAGUGAAAGCUUUUUCAAUUUCAUCGGUGAUUCUUCCGGAAUAUUUCGGAUGUUCUGACGAUUUCUUUGGGUUGACUUGUCAGGCAACAAUGAAGUCGUUUUCAAGGGAUGAAAGCACCAAUUAAACUAGCGACCUUCGCCAUCUGUGGGUGAUACCUAAAAUCAUCAUCAACCCUAGUUUUAUUAAAGCUCACAACAAAUGUCACUCCCAAAACAAAAUAUACAUAAUCAACUGAGGUUAUAGAAUUCGUCUGAUUAAAAACUGAGUGAUUAUAGAAAUGGGCAAUUGCAUUCGAGCUAUGCUAAAGAAAUUCCGAAGAAAAUCUCGCUACGAAAAAAACAUUGUCUUACUAUUAGUGGGUCUUGAUGGUGCGGGUAAAAGCUUAGUUCUAAAUCGAAUAGCUGGAGAUAUGGACCCAAAUGUUGUCCCGACUAUGGGUUUCCGAUCAGUCUCAUUAAAGUACAAAUCCUGCAAUGUUAAGGUUUACGAUAUCGGUGGGAGCUCACAGAUUCGUUCCAUAUGGCCCAGAUAUUACAAUGACGCGCAUGGUCUUGUGUAUGUGGUGGAUGCUAGCGAUACUUCCCGUCUCACAGAGAAUCGAAUGGUUCUUGGAGAACUAAUAUCGCAUGAAAAUAUUUCAGGCAAACCAUUGUUAUUGCUGGCUAAUAAACAAGACUUGAAUGGAGCACUAGAUGAACUAGAUUUAGUGGAGAAUUUGGAUGUUGAACGUGUUGCUAAUACGAUGCGAUGUCCGACCCGAGUGGAAACUUGUUCCUGUUUUUAUGCAGUAACAAAGUCCAAAAAAAGCACAGAAGGGAUCAUGAAUGGUUAUAAAUGGCUUCUGAAUUUAAUAAUGAAAAAUUAUCAAACCCUCAACAGCCGAGUGCAAGAGGUACCAACGAAUGGGAACGGUUUAAUACACCGGGUCCUCAGUUCGUCGCCGACACCGUCUCAGACUGUAUCCAUAAACUCAGACCCCUUUAAACCUAUUCAUACAUUACUACCGCGAAUGGAGCUCUCAAAGUCAUCGACUAGUAUCAGAAAUAAUACAAGCAUGAAACCGUCACCGUUAAGAAGACUUUUCGCCUCGUACACGAAUAAAACUACGCCUUUGCCAGUUGGAGAGGAAACAAUCGACUCUGAUCAGAUUUUACAACGUACAGAUUGUGACCCAACAAUAUUCCAAGUAGCAAAUCACCAGUCAGCAGAAGUGGUUCUGGAUCCAUUGCGAAUACAACGACCAGCUAGUCAUGCAAGGCCUUUUACAGCUCCUAAUAAUACUUUGAGGCCCAAAACUGAGCUAUCCAUCUCAGUAAUACAGGAUUAAUAACGUAAAAUGAAUGACAGUUAUUUGACAUAUUGACUAUUGAAAUAUGGGUAUAUGGUGCCUUGUUUUGUACGUGAUUUUGAAUUUACUUUGUUGUAGCCUUUGAGUAACUAUUGUACGUAAACCGAACAAUAGGAUAGUAUCAGUGAUUGUACAAUGUUGUCUACGACUAAGGCAACACGUAACAUACGUGAUGUGGAAACUAUUUUGUAUAAAAAUAGUAGAUUAUAUACUUUUGGACAUGAAAAA